AUGGAAGGAUUGAUACCAUUUCUGAUGCAUGCCGUGAAGAAACACAGUCUUCACAACAGCUAUCGAGUCCUCUCCCUCUCCACUGGCUCCACUGGUUCAUCCCACCGCAUGACAAGGUUGGAGUUUCAGCCACCCACGGCGGAGUACUUGACUCAUAGAUCAGGGUUUGGUGUUGGUUCCCAAUCAAUGAGCUUCAAUAAAGGUUCCACCAGUUCAAUCCCAAAUACAUAUCAUGCUUCAAAGCUCAAGAGUAACUAA